AAUUUAAAAUAAGCUGGUAAAUGUCACACCAAAUGACUUCCUUAAAGGACUUAUAGCUGGCUUAUUUCAUUUCCACGCUUCACAGAAAAGCAUGGCUACAUCGAGUCCUCAGGAGUACCUGGUGUUUUUUUUCUUUUAAUCUAAAGAAAGUUCCAGUGUAUUGGAGAUUAUUCUAUUUUAAUGAUUUAUGAUGUCUUAAGAAAGAUAGUAUUGCUAUUGCCCUGACGAUUAAAUGUCUAUUCUGGAGAUGGCAACAUAGAUUAUAAUUAGAAAAAAAAAAAUGGUUUGUUUGCAGUUACUGUAGAUCCGCUCGAGCAUAAAGCUUUUAUUUUGUAAGAUGUGGCCGGAAGUAUGUCUGUCAAUAUGUCAGGCUUGUCAGUAGUGGACAGCGCUACAAACAGUUGAUCCCCCCCUUCACCAGAGCAGAGGGCGAGAGGGUCCAGCCCCGCAGACCAGACCCAGCAGCUCAAACAUGGCGGGCUUUGGAGGCGACGUGAUGUGUUCAUGGUCCGGAUCCGGAUCUGCCACCGACUGCCCCUCUGUAGCGGCUGCCGUGCCCGGGGAGCAGAAACCGAGAAAGAGGAGGAGAGCCUUCUGUCUGACCAGGAUGAAGCCCCGCAACAGCUCCGGCGCACAGGAGCAACACCAGCCCGCCGCGAACAACAACAACAACAUGCCGUUCAUCAUCCACUGCCAGAUCGGCAAGGAGAUCAAACACAUCUGCAGCAACUGCCGGGGAGCCGAGCCGCUGGACGCUGAGGAAGUGGAGAGGUUGGCAGCGAUGCGCUCUGAUUCGCUGGUUCCGGGCACACACACGCCUCCCAUCCGGCGGCGGAGCAAGUUUGCCACGCUGGGACGUCUGUUUAAACCCUGGAAAUGGAGGAAGAAGAAGAGUGAGAAGUUCAAGCAAACCUCUGCUGUGUUGGAGAGGAAAAUGUCCACUCGCCAGAGCAGAGAGGAGCUCAUCAAGAAAGGAGUCCUGAAGGAGGUUUAUGAGAAAGACGGCUCUUGCCCGGCUGUGCGAGAGGAGGUGAAGAUGGAGAACGGGCGUUCUCCGGUGCUCGGCUCUAGCCAGUCAGAGUGUGAAGGUACUGAGCUGAUGGAGGGAGCAGCUGCAGCUGUAGGCUCGCUGGACUUUCAUAUGCCAAGUGAGGGUGCAUGUCAUCAGGACCACACCCCAAAAUCCAUCCAGGCUCCGCCCAAGAAGAAGUCCAGUGCAUAUCCGGCUGAAAGCACAGAAUCAACGCUCUCCAGACCUCCUAUGCUACACAAACAACCUCCUGCGCUGCCACCCAAACCCUUCAACAGGCUACCUAACCACAUUACAGAUGGCGCCCCGGUGAAGCUGCCGUGCAUGUCAGUCAAAUUAUCUCCUCCUCUACCUCCAAAGAAGCUCUUGAUCUCCGUACCUGCAGGGAGCAUGGAGCCUCCUUCGCUCGCCUUCCAGAAGUGCCCCGCCCCUCCCAGCCAUGCUCCAAUGGGCGGGCACUCCCUGCAGUACGGGACUCUACCUGUCGCCCUCCACCCACCCAGCCGAAUCAUAGAGGAGCUCAACAAGACUCUGGCCCUCACCAUGCAGAGGUUUGAGAGCUCCAUGAUGCACGCCGUUCCCACAGUGAUGAUCGAGUGCAACGACGACAAAGAGAAUCUCCCCAAUGAGGCGGACUACGAGGACCUGCCCGGUAUGUACAAGGACGAGGAAGAGGAGGAGGAGGAGGAAGAUGACGACGAAGAAGACGACGACGACGACGAAGAGGAAGAGGAUGAUGAAGAAGAAGAUGAGGAUUUGUUUACAAGUACACUGGCCAUGAAGGUUUUGAGAAAGGACUCUCUGGCCAUCAAGCUGAGUAACCGUCCAUCCAAGAGAGAGCUGGAGGAGAAAAACAUCCUGCCGCUGCAGUCCGACCAGGAGAGACUCGAGUCUCGACAACAAACAGCCACCAAACUGACGAGGCGUUUGAGUCAGCGGCCGACAGCAGAGGAGCUGGAACAGAGAAACAUUCUCAAACCUCGAAAUGAUCUGGAGGAGCAGGAGGAGAAGAGGGAGAUCAAGAGACAUUUGUCCAGAAAGCUCAGCCAGAGGCCAACAGUUGAGGAGCUGAGGGAGGCGAAGAUCCUCAUCCGCUUCAGUGACUAUGUGGAGGUCGCCGAGGCUCAGGACUACGACAGGAGAGCAGACAAGCCAUGGACUAGGCUCACUGCUGCUGACAAGGCUGCCAUCAGGAAGGAGCUAAACGAGUUUAAAAGCACAGAGAUGGAGGUGCACGAGUCAAGUCGUCAUUUUACCAGGUUUCAUCGGCCAUAAAAUGACUGAGUCAGACCUUGGACACGCUUUUAUACUCCCACAACGAGCCUCAAGUGUUCAGACUGCUACUUGCUGCCCUCGUACUGCUAACUGUUCCUUUUCCAGCGUCGACUUCAAACUGACAGACUGGACACAAACACAACCUGUGAGCUGCGGCCUUCACAGGAAGCAGGAGCAAACACUUCUAGAUGGAUCAAACUGGCAUCUCCACUCAGUGGCGAUUUUAAGGACUUCUUGAUAUUCAAAAGCUUUUCUUUGUCAUUUUUUUAUGAUGAAGAGGUGGUGAUUUGCUUACUUUGCAGCACUUUUGCUUUUGGACGUCAAACACAGUAUCUGUGCCAAUUUUCAAGGAUAAGAAUGGUAGGAGGUGAAGAUGGGACUUUUCUUUUUUUACGCAGGGAUUGAUUUCUUGCCUUUCACCAUGUUCUCACUCUCCUUUCUCAACUGGACUCCUUUCCUUGAGGGUGCACUUGUCAGGACACCGUUUUUAUUCUACAGAUGACAUCUCAGUUAGCGUUUAUCUAAUUUUUCCGGAGGAAUUGAAAUAUUUACAACAUCUUACGUUGUUGUAGGCAGCUGAAUCGUAAGCCAAAAUGUUGCAAAAUCUUAAUCAAAAAUCCCCAAAUUUUCUCUGCAAGCCAGUAACAGUAAACAAUGAAGGUCGCCUAACACACACAUCAAUCAACUGAGCAAUAAUUUCAGAUUUUUUUCCUCAUCUGUUUAUGGGCUGCAUUCAACACCUUUCAGACUUCAGAUCCCCAUUUUAAACCAAAGCAACUUGACUUGCUGUGGAAGUCGCAAUCUUGAAUGCAUCCUAGAGUGAUUGCUGUCCAGAGUUCAGUAACGCGCUGUGUCACUGUGCCUACAGGAUUGUUUACAGGGAUUUAAAGUUGCCAAAUUUACUCAUCUCAUUUGAUACAGAAUCGUAUCUGUAGACACAGUCAAAUGUUGCCGAACUCUCUGCUCAACUACAACAAAGUAGACUUUGUUUUUUAAUAUUUCAUAUUUUAUUGUCUCAGAUGAAUCUUAAACGGUACAAAGUCAGAAACCCUGCCACCUUGUGUUUUCUUCUUUAUUGUUUACAGUUCAUGAAUUUCAGUUUUGACUGUAUCAUUGGGAGAACUGUUGUGUGUGUGUGUGUUAUGACUGUUUUGAGUGAAUGUGUGUGUAUGCCUACAUACAAGCAUCAGUAACAUUACUGUCUCUUGUAUGUUUAAAAGUGUUUUGGGAGAAAAUAUUCUGAGAAUUAUAAGACUUGUACAGAUCAAAGAAAGUUUUCAAAUGUUUUUUGUAAAGCAGAAAAACUGCAUGUGAGUAUUAAUUUAUUGUGAGUCUUCUAUGAUGUAUGCAGUUUCUUAAAGAAAGAAACUUAUUAAAAAAUAAGUUAAA